ACUCCCAGAAUGCAGUGCGGCUGCUAGUGCGGUUAGCCGUAGCUUACCUGUGAUCACACACAGCAUACGGUAUCAGGAUUUCUCUACUUUUAUAGUUGUCUAUCUUACACGAGAUGCCUCCAAAAAAGCCAGCUCCAGCUACCGGCAAUAAGAAAACCCAGGAGAAGAAGAAAGAGAAGAUUAUUGAGGACAAAACCUUUGGUCUGAAAAACAAAAAGGGAGCAAAACAACAGAAGUUUAUCAAAGCAGUCACACAGCAAGUCAAGUUUGGACAGCAGAAUGCAAGACAGAUUGCUGCUGCUGAAGGUGAAAAGGGUAAAAAGAAGGAUGACAAGAAGAAGGAGCUCUCUGAGCUGAAUGAGCUCUUUAAACCAGUCGUAGCAGCUCAGAAAGUCAGCAAAGGUGUGGAUCCAAAGUCAGUACUUUGUGCUUUCUUCAAACAAGGCCAGUGCACCAAAGGUGAUAAGUGUAAAUUCUCCCAUGACCUCACCUUGGAGAGAAAAUGUGAGAAGAGAAGUCUGUAUGUGGAUGGAAGAGAUGAAGACCUCGAGAAAGACACCAUGGAAAAUUGGGAUGAAAAGAAGCUUGAGGAAGUUAUAAACAAGAAACAUGGAGAAAAUGAAAAGAAGAAAGCAAAAACGCAAAUUGUCUGCAAAUAUUUCCUUGAUGCUAUUGAAAACAACAAAUACGGCUGGUUUUGGGUUUGUCCUGGAGGCGGUGAUAACUGUAUGUACCGCCACGCACUUCCUGCAGGCUUUGUUCUGAAGAAGGAUAAAAAGAAAGAAGAAAAGAUUGAGGAGGAGAUUUCACUGGAAGAUUUGAUAGAGACCGAGCGAGCUGCCCUUGGAGUUAACGUCACUCGAAUAACUCUGGAAACAUUCUUGGCCUGGAAGAAAAGGAAAAGGCAGGAUAAACUGGCUAGAAUAGAGCAGGACAUGGAAAAGAAGAAAGCCGACUUUAAAGCUGGCAGAGCAUUGGGGGUCAGUGGCAGAGAAGUGUUUGAGUUCCGGCCUGAGCUUGUUGAUGAUGAUGAUGAGGAGGCUGAUGAUACUAAAUACACAAAAGACGAUGAUGACUACAGUGAUGAUGGCUCAAAUGAGGUGAACGACAUUGAUGACAUUCAGGAUCUCGACCUUGCUAGAUUUGUACCUAAAGAGGUUGAUAACGCCAAUAUAACAGUUGCAUCGGCUGACAGAUUUUCUACCAGACCCACGAAUGACACGGAUGACCAUAAACUUAGCGAGGCCUCAGGUGGAGCCAUGGAGAACGGAGAACACAGCCAGGACCAGACACUGGAGGACGGUGAGGAUAAUGAGUCGGAAGACGUGCCUGUGGAUGAAAACCUUUUUACUGGUGAGGAUCUAGAUGAACUGGAAGAGGAGCUAAACACACUGGACCUGGAUAUGUAAAGACUUGGGACUAUUGCAUCAAUCAUGAACUACACAUGGCUUAAAGUGAAUGACAGUGUUUUCACUAAUAACUACCACCAAAAUCGCCAUGACCAAAACCUCUCUGCCUGCAAUACACACCUUCAUCACCCAGGACUUCAUCCCGGGAAACUACAGGAUAGAAUGGAGUAAUUGUGGCUCUUGUUCUUUCUCCGAUUUGAUGAUUUGUUUCCUUUAUUUUUCAAUAUUUGUCUAAAUCUCAAUCUACCCCCAAAAGCACAGUUUUGCAGGUGAAGAUCUUACAUUUAGAUCCAUCUGAUCCCAUGCGGUUCUACAAUGGGAACAUGCUAAAAAUAUUUAUUAGGCUUUUGAUUUGAUUCUUUGAAAUAAGAUUUGAUUUGAUGAUCAUCUUUGUAAGGCCAUGCUGCUGAAAACCCAGCAUAAACUACAGUGACCUCCUUUUAGAAAUGUAAUGUUAAGUACUAUUGGAAUCCGUUUCCUCCUGUGCUGAUGUGAAAUGUUACUUCAAUGAAUAUGAAGAGAUCAGUUGAGUUGUAUCAUUUCAGUUUUAAAAUGUAACCAACUGCAUGCCUGUAUCAGGAUCAGAAUGUAAGUGGUGAAUAAAUGUAACGCUGACCUUCAUGUGCUCAAUAAUCAGCUGAUGAGAUUGAGGCAUUGAAUGUGAAAUCUCUCGGAUGCAGACGUGGCAUCUGGCCUUACAAUAAGAGAUGUGGAAAGAGGCACCAUUGCUAGUCUGGUCUGAUGUUUGAAGUGCUUUUGGAAAGCGAGAGUGAAAGAUGAGCUAGUAAUUUGUCUUUUUUUGUAUUCAAUUGUUUUAAAAUUCCCUUCCACCAACACGCCACAAGAAAUUGUAAAUAAAAGGAUAUCAGAUACGGA